AGGAGACUCCCCACUGACCUCAGCACACGCGCUCUCUUUCACUCUCUCGGUCAGCCAUGGAUGAAGAGUACGAUGUUAUUGUUCUCGGAACCGGUCUCAAGGAAUGCAUCCUUAGCGGUCUACUCUCCGUCGAUGGUCUCAAGGUUCUUCACAUGGACAGGAAUGACUACUAUGGUGGAGAGUCUACAUCGCUUAAUCUCAAUCAGCUUUGGAAGAAGUUUAGGGGAGAAGACAAGGCCCCUGCCCAUUUAGGUGCAAGCAGGGAUUACAAUGUUGACAUGAUGCCCAAGUUUAUGAUGGGAAAUGGAAAACUUGUUCGUGUGCUUAUUCAUACCGAUGUUACAAAGUACUUGUCCUUUAAAGCUGUGGAUGGCAGCUACGUUUUCAACAAAGGAAAGAUUCACAAGGUGCCGGCUACACCUAUGGAGGCUCUGAAAUCUCCUCUGAUGGGUAUCUUCGAGAAACGUCGAGCUGGAAAAUUUUUCAGUUAUGUUCAGGAUUACGACGAAAAGGACCCAAAAACACAUGGUGGGAUGGAUUUGAACAGAGUUACGACAAAGGAAUUGAUCUCGAAAUUCGGUCUUGAUGACAACACUAUUGACUUCAUUGGGCAUGCAGUGGCACUUCACAGGGAUGACUCAUAUCUCAGCCAGCCUGCCCUUGAUACUGUGAUGAGAAUGAAGCUUUACGCGGAGUCCCUUGCACGUUUCCAAGGAGGUUCACCUUAUCUUUAUCCUCUCUAUGGGCUAGGAGAACUGCCUCAGGCAUUUGCACGACUUAGUGCUGUCUAUGGUGGAACAUAUAUGUUGAAUAAGCCUGAAUGCAAGGUUGAGUUUGAUGAAGAAGGUAAGGUUGCCGGUGUUACAUCAGAAGGAGAGACUGCCAAGUGCAAGAAAGUUGUUUGUGAUCCUUCCUACCUGGCUGACAAGGUCAGGAAGAUCGGCAGAGUUGCGAGGGCGAUUGCCAUAAUGAGUCACCCUAUUCCAAACACCAACGAAUCUCACUCAGUGCAGAUCAUACUUCCCCAGAAGCAGUUGGGUCGCAAAUCAGACAUGUAUGUCUUCUGCUGUUCGUAUUCUCACAACGUUGCUCCAAGGGGCAAAUUCAUAGCAUUUGUGUCAACAGAUGCUGAGACGGAUAACCCACAAACCGAACUGAAGCCCGGAAUUGAUCUUCUGGGUCCUGUUGACGAGAUAUUCUUUGACAUAUACGACAGAUACGAGCCAGUCAAUGAACCCUCAUUAGACAACUGCUUUAUCUCAACAAGUUAUGAUGCCACAACACACUUUGAGACAACAGUGGCAGAUGUGUUGAACAUGUAUACCCUCAUCACUGGAAAGGUACUGGAUCUUAGCGUGGAUCUGAGUGCAGCCAGUGCUUCAGAUGAAUGAGCAACAUUUUUGUCUUGAAUCUGCCAAAAAUGAUGCUCUCUCUCUCUCCUCUCUUACAUGAUCUUGACUUCUUCUUAAGUUCUCUUAACCUAUGUCUGGUUUCUCUCUGAUGCCAGUUUCUGGUUUUCAUUGCCAUGAAUGCUGGAUCAUGAAUAUGCAAAAGCUCUUAAACUUAUAAACAAAUUGUCCUAAGCUUCAUGAUUUGACUUUUAGUCUCAUUUUAGAUUUUCCAUUCUAAACACUAAUUACUUCUUUUUGUCAAGUGGCUUGGGAAGUUUGACCCAAACAGUAAUAGAUGUUCAUUGUCUGGCUUUUC